GUAUGUCUUCACUGCAGAGUUAGCCCAGGCUCUUAUUUGCGCAUUGCACCAACACCCCUCCCAUCAUCAGAAAAACCCACUGAUCUAAUUUUAGUGAUGCUUUCAACACGAGAUUCCUUUCCCACGGUACAGGCUAUAGCCUGAAUGCUGUUUUCACUUGGGCUGGUAACCUGCUUAUUUUGCAGUGAGGAUGCAUGCUAAACCACUCAAGUGCUGGUAGUCCUUCAGUGCCUUCCCACAAUUCCCCCUGUGUGCCCUGAAGGACAGGCAAGUUCUCCCGCUAUUCACUGGGACUCAGUGACUCAGCUUGCUGGAUAUGACCCCAGAAGUCCUAGCAAGUGCAGGACACAGUAACUUGGGUAGCACUUUGCAGUGCGACUGUUCCCAUCCAUGCUAUUCUGAUCUGGGUGCCCAGACAUGAAUGCGAUGACCUGGAUUAACUCUGUGAUGAAGACAUACCCUGAGAUGUGAAGAACACUGAAAACUGGGCUCAUAAUUCUAUUCAAGUGGUUGCCCAAAAACAUUCCCAUAGUCAUCUACCUAUGCUCAUCUAUCCUUACUCUUCUCAUACUGGUGAAAGUUACUUUGACUACAAUCAAAUGCAUAGAUCCCAGUUCUGCAAAUACUUACACAAGUGCUUAACUUUACACAUGUGAAUUAUCCCAUUGACUUCAGUGGGAGUACUUAUGUGUGUCAACUUAAGCAUGUGCUAAGUAUUUGCAGAAUUGAGGCCUAAAGAUGUGUCUUCACUGCACGUUUAACAUGGGUAAUUGACACCUCUGUGAGCUUAGGCCAGGUAUGAAUCACUGUUCUUGCACUCAGCCCGUGUGUCUUGGGAGCUUAUCCCAUGGUUCUUUGUGGUGAGAAACACUAAGAUUGUUUCACAGUCAGUUGCAUCAGUUGUGGGAGAAGUUGUCUGUCCUUCAGGGGCAACUGUGAGAAGGGCACAGUAGUGCUAUCAGCACUUAAAUUAUUUUGCCUGCAUCCUCAGUGUGAAGUGGGCAGGUUUCGGCCCCAGGUAAACCAAAGCUGGGUUCUAACCAGAGGCCAUGUUGAUCUCAGGUUAUGUGAAUUUCUGGGCCUGUUACCCUCAAAACUGAACACUCGUCUUAUGAAUUAUACCAUUAUACCAGUACCAUUAGUUACGGCUUCCAGUAGAUUUUUAACAAUGCAUGUCCUUAAAGUUGCACUUAAACCAUUAUGGCAGCAGUCCUGAGGCUGACAAGAUUCCAGAGCUUUCAUACUCCCAGGCACUUGCAUUGAGCCACCUCAGUAGACUUACUUAAAACCAAAGUAACACAGUUUCUAGAUCUGAAAUCCCAGGAGAGCUGAAGUGCUGGGAGUGGAAGAAAAGUAUCCCCAAACUGAAAAUUUUAGUCUAGUUCCUGACUCUUGUGCAUGAGGAACCAUAUACAUCAGAGCCUCUUUUCUUCUUAAAAAUGCAAAUUGACCUAAGUGUUACACUUGGUUAGUACAAGGGACAGAAAUAAAUAAAUGGUGGAAAAGAUGAAGGAAAGACAUGCUACAACUUCGAGAUCAGUGAUUUUUUUAAUUUUAAAAGUACAGGUUCCACCACAUUAUUAUUAUUAUUUCUCAGGCACAGCAUGUCCUAGAGUUCUGUAUGUUUUGGGUUAGAACAGUGGUUUUCAAACUUUUUGAGCUGAGGACCUCCCCGCCGCUCCCUUUGAGUUACAAUUUUUGGUUGCAUUCCCCCAACCCAGACAAAAAUAGAUACAAUACCUGCCCCUCCCUCUUUGGGUUUUCAGGGUGGGGGAAGGCAGGUAUGAUGGUCUCUGGGGGCGGAGCCAGUGCUGGGUGAAGAGGCUGCUGGGAGCAGAAAUCGGUGUGGACACGGCGGCCGUUGACACUCACUGGCUUGGGUGGCUCGCUGAGGUGAGUCAGGAGGUGGAGGUGGUGCUCCUUUUCUGAGCCCCACCAUGUGGGGCAGUGGGUUGCUGCUCUCCCACAAAUGUUCCUCUGUGCCCCCUUCCCCAGUUUGAAAACCUCUGCGUUAGAAGAUGAUGGUAAAAUGUUUCCAGUAGAACUUGAGUCAAAUAUCUGGAAUCUCUGGGUGAAUUUCUAGCCUAACUUUAAUAGGGCCAAGAUUUUACCCCCAUCUUUUCCCUGUCUACUAUUGAAGAUGGACUUGCAAAGCCUAACGUAGUACCUAAAAUGUGAGUCAUGGCUCUCUGAGGGCAAUGUGCAAGUGUUGCUUGUGUGUUGUCUGUUUCCCAGUUCUUAAACGAAAAAUAGAAUUCAGGAGGAUUUCCCAGAUCUCUUUAGCUGGUAGCUUUAGGCUCUCCAGAUUAAUCUCCUUAUAGAAGUAUCUAACAAUACUCUGUCUUAGGGAUGUAGUUACAGAAAAAUUCUAGGGAUGAGCAAUACCUCUCACAUUGUUUACAAAAGUCUCUUUGCAAAAUGUAAAGUCCUUGUUGGAUGGCUGCAUGGGUAUCCCCUAUUAGGAAUUUCAUAAAAUGCAUGGUAUUUUGUGUGAUUGGUGCAUUACAAAGGUGAAAAAAAUUGUUCCUCCUAAAAGUACUUUUAUUACAUUUAAUGUGCUCUUUUUCCUUGUGCCCCAGUCCCCAUUUUACCCCGGAUCAGUGCUAAGUGGAGAACCCAGAAGUCCUGAGUACUGCAUGAACUUUACCAACUAAUUCCACUUCAUCUUCUCCCCUCCCCCUCCACCCUAAAUCCCCAUGAACACACCUUUUACUAUUACAAUACAAAUGAACAAGCAAGCUAAUCUGAAAAUAAAUCAUAUGUAUUUGCAUUAUACAAGUGAGAUGGUAGCCACGCAAAGCCUGACUAACUAUUGUGCUGUUUGUGUAUAUGCAACUUGUGGGGAGCUGCAGUCCAUCUUUCCAACCAGGGGCUGAGGUGUGGGGGUUUCAUUGCAUUGUACCACUUGUGCAAUGUGCAUGGUCCCAACAAUGAAGUUCCUGUGGCACCUCCCCAUUAUGCUAUCCUGUAAGGCUUGAGAUUCAAUGCCCAGUGGGUCCAGCAGAACUGCUGUAUGGCUGGUUUUGCCUGCAGCCCUUCCGGUUUCAAAACACACGAAAAGGCCAUUGUACGGGCUUUUGACUCCAGUCUGCAUGCUGUCUGGGUACUUAUCUGACCCUGUUGUUGUAGCACUGUUCAUUGAGUUUGAAGUUGGGGUUGCUGAGGAAUACAUUUUGAAUACAGCAAUAUGAUGAUGUAUAUACUUUGAUGACAGGGGAUUUACUUAUUGAAACAAUCUGCACAGUUUGAGAAAAGUCUCGGCAGACAUUAAUAUUUAUGUCUGCUUCUAUUUCUCAGGCAAGUAAAACAAAACUGCUUAAGUAAACAACAGAAGAAACUUCCUGAUGGGAAGGUGUUUUAUACUGUGGAAUUGUUACGCAAGGGACGUUUAGACUGAAAAAGAAGCUAGAAAAUGUACUGGAGGGGAGCAAUUUGCUUCCCCCCCUCCCCCCCCCCCCGCUGUUUGUCCUUCUCUGUUCUAGUUUGGGGCUCUACAUCUUUUUUUGUCCUGCCAUCAAGAUUUUUGCUGAUCCUGCCACCCUUCUUAAACAACACAGAAUAUUCUUGGUGAACGGUAGGAAAAGCAACCCUUUUCCUGCUCAUUUGUUUCUGCUGGCACACAAGGGGUUAUUUGUCGGGUUUCUCUCACUCACACUGGAGAGGGAGAGCGAGAAAGAAGGGGUGGAGCUCAGGCUUGUAGUGUAACUAGAUAUGAGACCAGCAGUAUAAACUGACAGCCGAAAGAAAUCACAGAUGAAGCCAGCUGUUGACAAUGGCUGGCCCAAAGACUCUCUUAGUGUUGGAGAACUUCAUAAAUGGUAAAUUUGUCCCUUGUUCCUCCUACGUAGACUCCUAUGAUCCAUCCACGGGAGACGUGUAUUGCAGAGUACCAGACAGCGGAAAAGAAGAGGUAGAAGCUGCAGUCACAGCUGCCAGAGAUGCCUUUCUAGGCUGGUCCUCCAAAAGCCCUCAGGAAAGAUCUCAGAUAAUGAACGAGUUAGCAGACCUGAUCGAGCAUGACCUGGAGGCAUUUGCACAAGCAGAAUCAAAAGAUCAAGGAAAAACAAUUACAUUUGCUAGAACAGUGGACAUCCCACGGGCAGCAUACAAUUUCCGGUUCUUUGCAUCUUCUAUCCUUCACCAUACCACAGAAUGCACUCAGAUGGACCACAUGGACUGUAUGCAUUACACAGUGAGAACUCCAGUAGGCAUUGCUGGUUUAAUAAGUCCUUGGAAUUUGCCACUUUACUUGCUGACCUGGAAAAUAGCCCCAGCCAUUGCAUCUGGAAACACUGUCAUCGCCAAGCCCAGUGAGAUGACAUCUGUCACUGCUUGGAUGAUGUGCAAACUUCUGGGUAAAGCAGGAAUCCCUCCGGGGGUGGUGAACGUUGUGUUUGGAACUGGCCCCAAAGCUGGGGAGGCUAUUGUCUCCCAUCCUGACGUGCCACUGAUCUCCUUCACUGGAAGCACGCUCACAGCCCAGCACAUCAGGGAGAGGAGUGCCCCACACUGCAAAAAGCUCUCUCUGGAACUGGGAGGCAAGAACCCUGCAAUCAUCUUUGAGGAUGCUAAUCUGGACCAGUGCAUCCCUACCACUGUGAGAUCCAGCUUUGCAAAUCAGGGUGAAAUCUGUCUUUGCACCAGCAGGAUCUUUGUUCAGAGAAGCAUUUAUAAUGAGUUUUUGAAGAGGUUUGUAGAAGAAGCCAGAAAGUGGAAGGUUGGGAGCCCCUCAGAUCCCACAGCCAGUAUCGGGGCACUGAUAAGUAAAGAGCAUUUAGAAAAGGUAAAGAAUUAUGUGAAGAAGGCUCAAGCUGAAGGAGCUAGAAUUCUCUGUGGAGAAGGAGUGGAUUAUUUGGCUCUUCCAACUGGAAAUCAGAAUGGCUAUUUCAUGCUGCCUACAGUUAUUGCUGAAGUCAAGGAUGAAUCCUGCUGCAUGCAAGAAGAGAUCUUUGGUCCCGUGACAUGUGUGGUACCGUUUGAUACGGAAGAGGAAGUGAUUAAAAGAGCCAAUGGUGUCAAGUAUGGCCUGGCAGCCACGAUAUGGUCAAGCAAUGUGGGGCGUGUUCAUCGUGUGGCGAAGAGACUGCAAGCUGGCCUGGUGUGGAUCAACUGCUGGCUAGUCAGGGAACUGAACUUGCCAUUUGGUGGAAUGAAAGCAUCAGGGAUAGGCAGGGAGGGAGCAAAGGAGUCUUACGAGUUUUUCACUGAGGUCAAAACCAUUACAAUAAAACACUGAAAUUUGUCCAUUAAGUAUUUUAUGGCAAAAUAAACAACCGACAUUUGUGCUUACAAGCGUCUCUGGGAUAUGCCAAGACAUCAUGGCCUGCUUAUAGUUAAUUUUUAUAGAAAUCCAUUAGUUUAUAAAUACCAGCUAAAGCUAAAGAUGCACAACUGGCAGCAGAGAAAGUAGAUUCUGUAUCAUAUCCAAGCCACAAGCCUGAUUCGCAGGGCUCAAGGAGAUCCUGAGGAUUCCAAAGUUAAUUCACCAUUUCUUUCUCAAGCUGUUCCAAUAAAAGGUAUUACCUCA